AUGUGCGGCGCUCCCUUUUACCCUCCUCCGAUCGCGACGCGCUUCGUCUACAACUCCAAGACGGCGACGGCGGAUGUCAUGGACUUGAGUUCGCCGGCCCCCUCCUCGUCGGAGACCGGCGCGCCGCCGUACGACACGCUGCCGGCUUUCUCGAUGGAGUCGUCGGCGCCGUACGCGGCGCUGCCGCCGCCGUCGCGGCAGCAGAAACUGAUGAUGAUGGCGGAGGAUGUCAUGGACGCGGGCUCCUCCGCCCCCUCGACGCCGUCCGACUGCUCCUCGACGAUGGAGACGACACCCUCGCCGCGCGGACCGCUGCCGGCCUUCCCAUCGAGCUCGGACGCGCCGCCGUGCGGGCUGGCGACGGCGCGGCAGAUUCCGGCGCCGCGCGUGGAGGUGCGCCAGGUGUGGGCGCAUAACUUCGACGCGGAGGCCAAGCUGAUCGAGUCGCUCCUGCCCAAGUUCCGGUACGCGGCGGUGGACACGGAGUUCCCGGGGACGGUGUACCGGCCGGCGGGGGCGGCGUACAUGCUCACGCCGGAGAGGCGGUACGAGCUGCUGAAGCAGAACGUGGACGCGCUGGACCUGAUCCAGCUCGGCCUCACGCUGUUCGACUCCGGCGGCCGCCUCCCGAGCCUCGGCGGCGGCGGCGGCGGCCCCGCGCGGUGCGUGUGGGAGUUCAACUUCCGCGAGUUCGACGUGCGCCGCCACCGCCACGCGCUGGAGUCCAUCGCGAUGCUGCGUGCCAAGGGCGUCGACUUCGACCGCACGCGCCGGCACGGCGUCGACGCUGCGGCGUUCGGGCCGCGGCUGCGCAAGUGGCUGCGCGCUGGCCUCGGCCGCGCCGGUAUCGUCACGUUCAGCGGCGGCUACGACCUCGCGUACCUGGUGAAGGUGAUCUACGGGCCCGGGUACGAGCUGCCCGGCACGGCGGCGCAGUUCGAGGGCGUCGCCAGGUCGCUCCUCCGGCGGCGGCUGUUCGACGUCAAGGAGAUGGCGCGGCUCUGCCCGGCCGACCUCCGCGGCGGGCUGGACAGUGUCGCCGGGAAGCUCAACGUGGGGCGCGCCGUCGGCGAGGCGCACCAGGCCGGCUCCGACAGCCUGCUGACCUGCCACACAUUCAUGAAAAUGCGAGAGAGCUACUUCGAUGACGACGGCAAGCUGGCGGUGGUCGCCGGUGUCCUCACCGACAUCACGGCGUACUGA